GUUUCAUUCGCUGGUGUCAGGAUGAUUCUUCCCAACAUAGGAGCGCUAGCUGUGGUGUGCUGGAUAAUGUGUGUGAGAAACACAGCAUCUCAGGCAUAUGCUCCAGCCCCUACAUUCGGCUAUCGAUUCAGAAUAAAUGAAAGUAAUAUUGAGCUAAACUCUAUAGUAGAGGUUGCUUGUGGCACCACUUGGAGUGCUCCGUAUCCCAUAACUGUGUCUGUGGGCAAGUUGGAAAGCCCCUCGCAGACCCCAGAAACCACAGAAGCCUGGGUGACAUCUGAGGUCAUCAGUCGAUCAGAUACAAUAUAUUUCACAAUCCCUGCGACGGCCAAGUAUGAAGGAAAAAUUGUGUGCUGGUACAAAUCCACUCGAACUGACUCAAAGAAUCCAUAUUCUGAAUUAAGCAGCCCUAUUACCUUAGUCGUAUCUGCCCUCUCUGAUCCCAAAGUGACUGUGUACCCCUAUCUUUUUCGUAAGGGUGAAAAUUACACUGUACAGUGUGAAUCAGCCUAUAACCUAGCCACAAACUUCACAUUGAGUCUGUAUUACCGCAUCCUCCCUGUUAGCCCUGGCACCAACUGGACCUUCGCUGGUUCACUGUUUCUCACAAAUCACACUAGUAUCGUUUUAAGACAGACGAAUGCCGUUGUCCCAAUAGAGUUUUCCUGCAGUAUGGAGAUGUUGUACAGUGGAAAAGUCUUACAUUCAUCUCUGUCCAAAAGUGAGCAAGCCAUCCCAGAAGAGCUUCCGGUUCGGCUCUGGGAGCAGGAACGUGGAGAGAGCUGUCUAGGAUAUCUGGAUGUCACUCUCAGAGGCAAGUGGGUACCUGUUUGUCAGAAGGAAGUCGAUACUGAAGCCGAUUCNUCUGCUGCUGCUGCCACAGCUGAAGUGGUGUGUAGGGAACUGGGAUGUGGGCAUGUGCUGAAGUGGGAAAGGCUUUUGGAUGACAGACGGCAGUUCACACAGACAGUUGGGGGCAUCAGAUGCAUCGGGAAAGAAAAAAAGAUCAAAGAUUGUCCAAUGGAGGAAACUGAAGCUUGCAAACAGAGAGGCAUGCUCUAUAUUAUUUGCUCAGAUGCAUUGCCCCGUCCUAAACUGUAUGUGGAUACGUAUGGUCCUAACCCCAAACUGUAUGUCAGGGACAAAGAAAAUGUGAAAAUCUCCUGCUCCAUCGACUCCGCUUAUUUAAAAUCAAAAGACUAUGGGUACUUAGAGUUUAGAAGGGACGGUGCUUAUUUGAGUCAAAGUUACAGCACACCAGGCUUCCCCGAGUCUAUCACACAGUAUGCCCCAGUGCCUCAAGGAGAGUAUGAAUGUGUAUUCCAUCUUACGUCUUCAAAAAUAAAACCAACGUCUCAGCCCAGCAAUUCAGUCUUCAUUUACAUAUACAAUCCAGUGCCAAUUGUUGCAGGUGUUCUCACAACUGCUCUUGGGUUAGCAAUUCUGGUGUAUAUUUGUAAAUACAGAACCGCUGCACAAGAGGUACAGCCCAAUGAAUUUCCACAGACCAAUGCUGAAAAUCCAGAUAACAAUGCCAGCUACCCACCUCAACAACUGCAAGCCAAAGAAAUUUAAUCUGUUUAAAUUCUUCCCAACAACCUUCCACAUUAAAUAUAAUGUUUGAUAAAUAUUGAAAAAGGCCAAAAGGUCAAUUAAUUUUGCAAUGCGGUUGUACUGAAAAUGUUCAUGAGAAGAGAAUAUUUAGAUAUCAAAGGCAAUGCAACUAAAAUUGUAUGAUGAAAAUUAACUAACCUACUGUA